AUGGAUUCAUGGGGAACUAAAAUCGCCUAUAGGAGAGAGAGAAUUAGGGUUUUUUUUAUGAUGGGUGACUUUAACUCGGCUCUGAAUAUAGAGGAUAGCUCCAUGGGCACGUCUUCUUGUUCUACUGGUAUGCGGGAGUUCCAGGCGUGUGUAGAUGACAUUGAAGUGGUCGAUAUUAAUCGGUCAGGUAUUCAUUUUACUUGGAACCAAAAGCCAAAGAAAGGGGUUGGGUUACUUAAGAAGAUUGAUCGGGUGAUGGGGAACACAUCUUUUCUAGCUGAAUAUCUGAACUCGGUGGCUAUUUUCAAGCCAUAUCGUCUGUCGGAUCACUGCCCAUGUAUUUUAUCGUUCCCGGAUGCUAUGAAAAUGAAAUCGAGGUCUUUUAAGUUCGCUAACUUUCUGGUUUUCAAACCAGAAUUUUUAGAGAUUGUUACUAAAUGUUGGGAUACUCAUGUUGAUGGUGUGCACCAGUUUCGAGUCGUAAAAAAACUUCGUUUGCUGAAAAACCCGCUAAGGUCGUUGCUCUUUAAACAAGGAAAUCUGCAUAAGAAAGUCGACAGCCUUAGAUUGAUGUUGGAUGCGAUUCAACAAAAAAUGGAUCAAGACCCGUCUAAUGUUGCUAUCCGUGAUGAUGAGGCUUCAACUUGCCGAGAGUUACAGGCGGCUUUAUUAGAUGAGGAGCGGUUCCUUAAACAAAAAUCGAAAGUGGAUUGGUUAGCUGCGGGCGAUAUGAACACGGCAUUUUUUCAUUCUUCUUUGAAAGCCAGAAACCAUUUUUCCAGAAUAGAGGUUGUUACGGAUUCGGGUGGGAUUUCUUAUGAAGGUGACAUGGUUUAUAAAGCGUUUGUUCAGCACUAUGAAAGCGUCCAAUAUGGUUCGGCAGUCAAUCACACUAUUCUAGCUCUGGUUCCUAAGGUGGAUACUCCUAAUUCUGUUCUUGAUUACCGUCCCAUCUCUUGCUGUAAUGUUAUUUACAAGUGCAUUAGCAAGAUAAUCACGGACCGUCUUAAGGGGAGCUUGGAUACAUUGGUUAGCAUUAACCAGUCGGCGUUUGUUCCAGGCAGGAAAAUCACAGAUAAUAUUCUUCUCACUCAAGAAUUGAUGCAUAACUAUCAUCUUAACAAAGGUCAGCCUAGAUGUGCUUUUAAGAUUGAUAUUCAGAAGGCGUAUGAUACUGUUAGCUGGUCGUUCCUGGAGUCUAUUCUAAAAAAGUUUGGAUUUCACCACAAAAUGAUUAAUUGGAUUAUGACGUGUGUUACUUCGGUAUCCUAUUCAUUGAGUAUCAAUGGUGAGCUCCACGGUUAUUUUGAGGGAAAGCGUGGUCUUAGACAAGGGGAUCCGAUGUCCCCGUACCUGUUUACUCUAGUCAUGGAGGUUUUGACUCUUAUUCUUCAGCAAGUUGCCACGAAUACUUCUUUUAAGUUCCAUGGUAAAUGCUCUAAGCAGAAGAUAAUAAAUAUUUUGUUUGCUGAUGACUUGUUCCUAUUCUCUCAUGGUGAUAGUGUCUCGGUGAAGCACUUGAAAUUGGCCCUUGAUAAAUUUACGCAGAUAUCGGGCCUGGUCCCUAGCAUGCCGAAGAGUACUGUUUACUUUAGCAAUGUUACGUCCGCUAUGAAAAAUCAGAUUUUGAAUCUUUUGCCGUUUCAAGAAGGCUCGUUGCCUGUGCGUUACCUUGGUGUUCCGCUAAUUUCAACGAGAUUAGCUGCUAGAGAUUGUAAAAUUCUGAUUGAACGUACCCAAAGAAGAAUAGAUAACUGGGUUACUAAAUCCCUGUCGUUUGCAGGGAGACUUCAGUUAAUCAACUCGGUUCUUGCUGCCAUGUAUUCCUAUUGGGCUUCGGUUUUCUUGCUUCCUAUUGGUAUUGUAAAGGACCUGGAGAAAAGGUUACGUAGAUUUUUAUGGAAUGGGGGGAAUCAGGGUCCGGUUCGAGCUAAAGUUGCUUGGAAGGAGGUUUGUACUCCGAAAGAUGAGGGCGGUUUGGGUAUUCGCAGUAUUAUGGAUGCUAAUAAAGCUUUUCUGACAACUCAUAUUUGGAGCAUUAUUACUAAUCGUCCUUCGCUUUGGGUUCAAUGGAUUCACUCGUACAGGUUAAAAGGUAAUAACUUUUGGGAGGUUCAAUGCCGAGGUCAAGUUAGUUGGGGGUGGCGGAAGUUGUUAGCUAUCCGUCCUAGUAUACGGCCCUUUGUUUGGAGUUCUAUUUAUAGUGGCCGUCAAACCAAUGUAUGGAGUGACAAUUGGUGCGCGUACAGCCCUCUUCGUUCGUUUAUUUCUCCUCGUAAUAUUGCUAGAGCUGGUUUCUCGCUUAGCACAACGGUGGCUGAUGUUGUUUCUGAAGAUGGCCAGUGGCGAUGGCCUCAGGCUUGGUAUGAUACAUUUCCAGUUCUCAUUAAUAUUGCUACUAUUCAGAUUACCCCUGAUACGGCAGACCGGUUUCGUUGGAAAGAUUGGGAAGGCAAACUACAGCGUUUUUGUUCAUGGGAGGCAUGGAAUAAUCUGCGGUACAAAGAGAAUAAGGUAGUCUGGGUUAGCUCGGUCUGGUUCAGUCAGUGCAUCCCAAGGCAUUCCUUUCAUUUGUGGUUGGUUAUUAAAAAUAAGUUGCGGACACAGGACAGAAUGGCUGAAUGGGAAGCGGGAAGUGCUACUAAUCUUCGGCUUAUGUGCUGUCCCUUGUGCAGAUAUGACCGUGAUUCUCGGGAUCACUUAUUUUUUGAAUGUUCCUAUGCUUCAGAAGUUUGGAGACUAGUUAGGAAUAUGGUUGAUAUGGGGAGUGUUGAUGACACAUGGGCUUCGGUUAUGCAGUGGAUGGAGCUAAAUGCUAAUUCGAGUUCCCUGGAUUACAUUGUUUGCAAUCUUCUGUUGGCGGCUUCCACGUACUUUAUAUGGCAGGAAAGAAACAAUCGUCUUUUCACUCAGGUGCAGAGGAAUGCUAGUGUUCUCUCCAAGGUUAUUAUAGAUACAAUUCGGCUCAGGAUUAUGGGAUUCAAAACCGGUAGAGACCCGAAGCAAAGGAAGCUUUUGGAUAGGUGGCUGAUCGCGAAGACAAACAUGGAUGUAGACCCGGGCUAG